CGAGGCCGAUUUCCGGUAGCGGGGAGGUGAGCGCCGCAAGAUGGCGGCGGCCCAGGGAGGCGGUGGGACGGUGCGGCCCGAGCUGGGCCCGGAGCCGGCGGACUCGGCGACCGUGGAACCGGCGGCGGUGGAAGCGGCGGCUCCGAGCCCAGAGGAGCAGCGGGCCGAGCUGAGGCCGCUGAUGGCCGCGUCCAUGAGGCUGGGGGAGUCCUGGUACGUGCUGACCAGCCGCUGGUUCGGGCUCUGGAAGCGCUACGUGGGGUACGACAGGUGGGACGUGGCCGGAGUGGGAGACCCCAACCUCUUCCCUGGGCCCAUCGACAACUCGUGUCUGCUCGGAGAUGGGGAGACUCAGAGCUUAAAGGAGCAUCUCAUCGCACAGCUGGACUACGUGCUGGUGCCCAGCAGCGCCUGGCAGAAGUUGGUUUCGUGGUAUGGCUGCAUCGAGGGCCAGCAGCCCAUCGUGAGGAAAGUGAUGGAAUUUGGUCUAUAUGCGAAGCACUGUGAAGUUGAAGUUUAUCCUCUUGAGCUGAAGCUGUGUGAGAGCAGCAGUCCUUCCAACGUGAUCAGCUGCUGCUUCAGCAGAAGAGACAGUGUUGCCACUCUCGUGAAAGAGGUACGGAAACUCUUUAAAAUCCCGGCUGAGAAGGAUGUGAGGUUAUGGAGCAGCCAUUUUGAUGGCUCUUACGAGCAGCUCAGCGAGCUGGGUGUCACUCUGGAAGAUGCAAACAUCUAUCAUGGGGAGCUUGUCCUAAUAGAAGUGAGAAAUGGAGAUGGCACGUGGCCUCAGCAUCCUUUCCUUGCAAAGUCAAGCACUGCAACUGGCAGAAACUUUACUACCUCUACGAAACCUUCAGCAAGUUCUUAUUCCACAGCAUCUGCCACAUCUGUCAUUACUAACGGCGAUAGCAGCAACUCCUAUGGACUGAGCAGCUCCAGCCUGGGCAGGGGAGGUUCUGGGUUUGCCUGCAACUCUUACAGCAGCAACAGGGACUCUGCUUCCCUGUCCCAACCUGGCCUAUGUGGACUCAGUAACCUUGGGAAUACCUGCUUCAUGAAUUCUGCAUUACAGUGUCUGAGUAAUACCCCUCCUCUGACCGACUAUUUCCUGGAAGAUAAAUAUGAAGCUGAAAUAAAUCACAGCAACCCCUUGGGGAUGAGAGGAGAAAUUGCAGAAGCCUAUGCAGAACUCAUUAAACAGAUUUGGUCUGGGAGACAGUCUCAUGUGGCCCCACGCAUGUUUAAAACACAGGUUGGCCGGUUUGCUCCUCAGUUUUCAGGAUACCAACAGCAAGAUUCCCAGGAGCUCUUGGCUUUUCUUCUAGAUGGCUUGCAUGAGGAUUUGAAUAGAGUGAAGAAGAAACCUUACUUGGAGCUGAAGGAUGCCAAUGGCAGGCCUGAUUCGGUUGUAGCAAAAGAAGCCUGGGAGAACCACAGACUGAGGAAUGAUUCUAUCAUUGUGGAUAUUUUUCAUGGUCUUUUCAAGUCUACCCUUGUUUGUCCCAAAUGCUCUAAGGUUUCUGUGACCUUUGAUCCCUUCUGUUACUUAACUCUUCCACUGCCUUUGAAGAGAGAUCGUCUGCUGGAGGUUACCCUGGUAUAUGCAGACCCACAGCGCAGACCUGUCCAGUACCGGGUUGUGGUGCCAAUGAUGGGGGCCAUCUCAGAUCUCUGCGAUUCACUCUCCAAACUUUCUGGGGUUCCUGCAGAAAAAAUGGUGGUGACAGAUGUGUACAACCAUCGGUUCCACAAAAUCUUCCAGGCGGAUGAAGGUUUAAAUCAUAUCAUGCCAAAAGAUGACAUCUUUGUAUAUGAAGUCUGCAAGCCAAGUGAAGAUGGCUCAGAGUACAUUACUUUGUCUGUUUACUUUCGGGAAAAGGCAGCGAGGCAAUCCAGCAGCACUUCAGGGACUGUGCUCUUUGGUCAACCACUGCUGGUAUCUGUGCCAAAACACAAGCUCACUGUGGAUCACUUGUACGGUGUCGUUUUGGAGCGGAUCAGUCGCUAUGUGAAACUCCCUGUGGCAGAAGUAUACUCCGCACCUUGUCCAGACAGAGGAGCAUGCAAUGGCUCCAGCAGUGUGGCUGAAGGUGACAUUGAAGAGAUGGAGCAUCAGGAUGAUGGCCAGGAAGGCAGGGAGAAGCUGGCAGAAGUUGAUUCCUGCCCCUCUGAGGGCUGCAUGCAGGUUGAGCCAACGAGAGGCCUGCAGCCUUGUAAGAAGCAGUAUUUCACUUUCAGCCUUGUGAAUUUAUACGGGACCUCUGAGAUAAACUCUAUUGUAGAAGGAAAACUCUUGAAAUUGAAUGCUUUUUCUACGCUUGCUAUUGACUGGGAUUCUGAAACACGGAGGCUGCUCUUUGAUGAACAGGAGGCACAGGCAUUUGAAAAGCAUGCAAGUGUGUUACAACCACAGAAGAUGAAGGCAGUGGUAGCCCUUAAAGACUGCAUAGAGCUCUUUACUACAAUGGAAACUCUGGGUGAACACGACCCUUGGUAUUGCCCUAACUGUAAGAAGCAUCAGCAGGCCACAAAGAAGUUUGACUUGUGGUCACUGCCCAAGAUUUUGGUAGUGCAUCUAAAACGCUUCUCAUACAGCAGAUACUGGAGGGAUAAACUUGACACUGUUGUUGAAUUCCCUAUCAGGGGUUUAAACAUGUCUGAGUUUGUCUGUGACCCAAGAGGAAGCUCAUAUGUCUACGACCUCAUUGCAGUUUCCAAUCACUAUGGAGCCAUGGGAGUAGGCCACUACACUGCCUAUGCAAAGAACAAGGUGAAUGGCAAGUGGUACUACUUUGAUGACAGCAGCGUGUCGUUGGCUUCAGAAGACCAAAUAGUGACAAAAGCUGCCUAUGUGCUGUUUUAUCAGCGCCGAAACGAGGAACAUGUUGCCCCAUCUCCUCCCCAAGAAGAGUGUGACGGCAUGGAUACCAACUAAAGCACCGCCUCCAGCACUCGGCCGCCGUGUUAGAGGUCCCUCCUAAAGCCAUCUCUGAGGCAUCUGAAGUUUUUUCUUUCUUCUGUAGGAGUUGAGCAGAAUAUCUAGCACUGAAAGAUUCGGUGCUUGGGGUUACAGAGCAGCACCGGAGAGCCAGGAAUAGGUGCUGACUCUCGGAUAUUUAGAGGCCAAAAAUAAUAUAUAUUGGAGCUUUGAUAAAGUUCUUUCUAAAGUCUGUCUGAGCUGUGUGGCUUGAGGCAGGGGUCAGGGCUGAGCUGGGGCUGUGGGAUGUGGGCUGAGGUCUGUAGCUGGGGUUGGGGUAGUACAGCCUGAAUCGGAGGUUACAGCUGAGUGUGGUGGGGCCCAUGGAGGAGUGCGGUGGGUAGGAUUCUGUGCAUUGGUCCAGGGGCUUCCUGUCAGCCCUGUGGUGCUGCUGAUGGGCCCUGCGUGUAUCAGUGAGGCUCGUGCACCCUUUCUGGAGUCUCUCAGUUCAGAUCUUUGUACAUCUGUUGUGCCACCUCUGCCAUUUUACUUUGGUUUCCUUGCUAAGCACCAAAGUUUCUCUUACUUGCACUGUUUCAUCUGGUGGUGCACUUGAGACUCUUGUGGGCAGUUUAUACUCGGCCUCUGUUAGCAUUAGGUCAAAGGGGAAUUGCUUUGAACUAAUAGAGGGGAGACUUAGGUUAGAUAUGAGAAAUUCUUUGCUCAGAGGGCAGUGAAGAGCUGGCACUGCUGCCCAGGGCUGUGUGUGCCCAUCCCUGGAGGGUCCAUGGGCAGCCCGAGCCUACAGGAGUUGGAACUAGAUGAUCAUUAAGGUUCCCUCUAACCCAAGCUAUUCCAUGAUUGUAGACGUGAAUAUCAAAUCUGUAAGGCUGACAAUUUUGUGUCCAGUGUGUCCCUUUGACAUAGUUGCUUAGUUUUGCUCCAUCCUUCCAACACAACUGGCAGAUGCUCUUCCUCUCUUCCACCUUUACCUGACUGGCUCUGUUUCUCUCAGGACUUGAGUUCAGCUUUCCUCUCAUAUAAGGAUUCCUGUGAGCAGUAGAUGAGGUCAGUCCUCAGUGGAGAACUGUUUUUUUUUUCCCCCAUUAAAAAAGUUAGAAAAGCUUAGUUAUCAUCCUCCAAGGCCCCCCAUGACUUACUGGCAGGGUAUGAGAGGCUUUGAGUAGGAGGAAGGGCUGUCCGUAGCUGAUCCAUAAGUAUUAUUAUCCCCAUUAUUAUCCCCUUCUGCAGAGUUUUGCCUUUAAAGCAUUGACAUUUGAAUUUAGAGAUCAGAAUUGUUAGUUGCUUCCGCUAUUCUGGUUUGUGGGUUGUUUCUGUUUUAUACAACUCUUAAUAUUUAAUUUCUGUUCCAAGGGGAACAUCCCAAAAGCAAUUUUGAACUGUAGCACUGCACUGAAUUACUCUGAUCAGCAUUUCUCUUAGAUUACCCUGAAAGAAAAUCACAUGGGCAUUCCAAAAUGGGGAGGUGGGAGAGGCAAGGGGGGAGUAAAACAGCUUUGUAAAGGCAACUUCCAUCUGAAGUAGCCUUUGUUCUCCUCUUUACCUCCUUUGCUGCACUGACACUGAGAAGUGCAUCAGUGGGGCUCAGUCUCUGAUGCUCAGAUGCUGAGCAGACACUGUUGUACUGCAGGAAAGUGGCCCAGCUCUUAUUUUCUCUGUCUCGGAGCUGAUGGCUGAGCAGCUGAUGGAGCUGGCGUGUGUCUGCUUUAACACCAGAGCUGGUUUUUGGACUAGCACUUUGUAAGUGGCUGGAUCUGUGGUAUGAAGAGGCAAAUUAAAGAGCGGUUUGCACUGAAA